GAACGACAAUGUUGUGUUUUGUUGUUAUACAUUGUUGAUUAAAUACUCAAUAAUUUAAACAUGUAUUUGGUUGAUUCAAUGCUUACAAAGCUUGAAAUUUUACCAUUUAUUAUUAAAUAAUGAUGCUAAAUUAUUUAGAUAAAUUCAACAAAUUUUAAAUCAAUUUCUGUAUUUAUUAUAGUAUGACCAAUAUUUAUCCAAACGAUAGUGGUGACAUAAUUCAUCUGAAUGUUGGUGGAACUCGUUUUUCCACUUCAAGACAUACAUUAUCAUGGAUCCCAGAUUCUUUUUUUACUGCAUUGCUAAGUGGAAGAAUUUCAAGUUUAAAAGAUGAAACCGGAGCAUUUUUUAUAGACCGUGAUCCUAAAUUAUUUGCAACUAUUUUAAAUUAUUUAAGGACAAGAGAUAUUGAUAUUUCUAACUGUGAUAUUUGCCCUUUGCGACAUGAAGCAGAAUAUUAUGGUAUAACCCCACUUGUUAAAAGGCUGAUACUUUGUGAGGAUUUGGACCAAUCCUCUUGUGGGGAUGUCUUAUUUUAUGGUUGUCUUCCUGCACCAAGUGUACCAAUUCCUGAACAAGGUUCCCAACCUAGUACCAGCUCAGGAGCGCAAUCAAAAACUAAUGAAAACCCUGUUCAUAUCAAUAGAGGUACAGUGCCUGUGCCAUCUAUUCGACCCGAAAAUGUAACAUCCAAUGUGAAUUCAUCAGGCCCUUUUAAUGUUGUGACAACCCAUACUCAUCGAGCUCAUUCUCGUAAUUCAUCUUGGGACAUGAGAGUUGGCUCAAGAAGCUCUACUGAUCUAAGAAGUUUAUCUCGUCCUGGCCAUUCAAGGACAGCAUCUUUGGAUUUAUGUCAUGCUCAUGAUGUAAACAGAGUUGUUAAUAAUGACUUAGCCCUCAUAUUUCACCAAAAUCAAGUCUCUUAUUGGGCAGAUCCGCUACGAGUGCAAAUAAUAAAAGCACAUCACCAUUGUAUAGCUGUUGCCUACGCUCAUUUUGUUGUGUGUUAUAGACUAAAAGAUUCACAUGGAUGGCAGCAUGUCUUCACAUCUCCACACAUUGAAAGUUGUAUUGAAAGAGUUGCUGUAAAUGCUAAAAUAAGUCAAGGUACUGGCUGUGAAGCAUCUAAAAUGGUUGCAAUAUCUUAUUCAAGUCAUGUUCGUCUGUGGGGUAUUACAGAACAUGGAGCUAAAACUAAUAUAGGAAUAUUCAAUUUGGGAGUUAGAGUUGAAUAUUUGUUUUUUAUUGGAAGCCAACUUGUUGCACUGUCACCAACAGGAAAAAUAGGAGUAUGGCAUGCCAUGACCCAGCAUUGGCAAAUACAAGAUGUUGUACCCAUUUCUUCUUUUGAUACUGCAGGGUCAUUUCUCUUGCUUGGAUGUAAUGAUGGCUGUAUUUAUUAUAUAGAUAUGCAGAAAUUUCCACUUCGAAUGAAAGAUAAUGAUCUUCUUGUUACUAAAUUGUACAGAGAUCCAUCUCAUGAAUUGAUCACAGCAAUAUCAGUUUAUUUGACUCCCAAAACAAGUUUAUGUGGAAAUUGGAUUGAAAUAGCAUAUGGCACAAGUUCAGGAACUGUCCGUGUCAUAGUUCAGCAUCCAGAAACUGUUGGACAUAGCCCACAAUUGUUUCAAACAUUCACUGUUCAUCAGAGUGCUGUAACAAAGGUAACCCUUUCUGAAAAAUUUUUGGUUUCCGUUUGUUGUGAAUAUAAUCAUGUGAGAACAUGGAGUGUUACAAGGUUUCGUGGUAUGAUAUCUACUCAACCAGGUUCAACACCUGUUGCUUCUUUCAAGAUUCUUGCACUAGAAGAAAUAGACCCUUAUAUAAGUUAUACCGUUGGAAAUGAUUUUGGCCCAUUUGGGGAACAAGAUGAUGAACAAGUUUUUGUUCAAAAAGUUGUUCCUGAGACAUCUGAAUUGUUUGUUCGUUUAGCUUCUAAUGGGAAAAGAGUUUGUGUGAUUCGUGCUGUUGAUAGUACAACGAUUACAUCAUUUUGUGUCCAUGAAUGUGAAGGAUCGAGUAGAAUGGGGUCUCGUCCACGUAGAUUUAUACUUACUGGCCAUAGUAAUGGCACUCUUCAAAUGUGGGAUCUUACUACAGCUUUAGAUCUUUCAAAAAAAGGAGAAUCUGUGAAUCAAAAAAGUGGUGGCCCAACUCCAAAGGAACUUUUACGUUUGUUGGAUCAAUGUGACCUGUGUAAUAGCCAUUGUUCAACACCUUGUAUUUCACCAUGCCCUUCAUUACUCGGUCAUGCCUCAAGAAUUAAGGCUUCAAAUGUUGCAUUUUUGAAUCAGCAACAACAGCAGCAAGAAAAUACAAAUUAAAUACAAUUUUAACAUUUUAUGACAUUUUCUCAUAUUCCAAAUAUUGAUUUUUUGUAUUGGGUUGUCUAAAAAUAAUUUAAGGUUUAGGUUCUGGAACUUCUAAACUAGUAAAACCAAAAACAUAAAUUUUAAAUAAUGUUUAAGCAAUCAAAAUAGGCUUUAUUGAUUUUCCACAUAGGUACUAGAAAAAUUUCAAUUCCGUCUUAAGAAAAUUAAUUACUGUUCAAUUUUCUAAUAAAAUAUUUUACAAAGUUUUUUUUUCUUCCGAUUGGUAAUCCUGGUGUUUAAAUCAGUUGCACUUGGUAGGUGAGAGUGAUAAAGAUUAGGGUGGAUAGUACAUUCUUAUAUCCUAGGUCUCUUGUUUUUUACAAAUAUUUAUACAUAGUAUUUUGAAAGAUCAUUUGAUUCAUGAAAAGACCAUUUUCCUGGAAUUUUCACUUUGCAAAUUAUUGCUGGUUAGUUGGUCCUUCACUGUAAAUUUAUUGAUAGAAAGCUUCUCUGAAAAUUAUUUAAGAGUAAUUCUUUAUUUUUCUUUUCCAACGACGAUCAAAGACAAUCAUCAUUUUCCAAUAACCUUCUUGUGUUUAUGGCUGACUCACCCUCAUCAUAUUUUCGAAUUGUCUUUAAAUUGUUCGAUCAUUUAACUUGUUAUUUCCUUAGAUUUCAUAAUUGUUUCUUGUUGUUUUGGGCUUGCAAUAGGUGAAUUAAAAUUAAAUACUCCUGAACAUCUCAACAAAAAUUAAAUAUUUACAAGUUACAAAAACUUCCAUAUUUAAUUGAAAUUAUAGUUGUUUGAAAUGGAAUGGUUAAUAUUUACCCUUAUAUAUAUACAUACAUAUGCAUAUAAAUAAUUCAAAAAUAGUAAACAGUGUAUAUUAAAACAUUGAUAACCUGAAACCCAGCCCUACAUUAUUUUCUGAACAACCCUAUACUUACACUUAAUACUAAUUAGUGUUUCUGUAUACAUUUUUUAUUACUUUUGUUUCUGCUCAUUUAAUGUAUUUUAGUUGAAAUUUUUGAUUCAGGAUGUACGUCAUUUUAAAAUAUUGUUCAUUAAAAAAUAAAGUUGUAUGUUAUAAAUAUGUAUUUACAUAUAAAUAUACGUUAUUAAUUUUUUUA